GAUACUGUGCGUGACCUUGCUAGUAAAAUAUAAAUAACACUACAUUACAGACUAUCUACUCAAUUCUAAACCACUAAUCUAGACAUUAGACUUAGACUAGAUUAGAUUAAUUUUUUAGUUUAGUAUUUUGUGAGUGAAAGUAUAAUAAAGUAUAAUCUAAAUCUAGUCUAGAAAUAAGCAAACACAUUUUAAAAAUAUAUUAGAUUCUAGAUCUAAUCUAAUAGAUCUAAUUGAUUAUAAAUAAAAUAAAAGCAUGGAUUUUUCAUCAUUGCCUGCCGGUGGUAAAAUGGAUUCAGCUACACGGGAACAGUUGAUGUCACAAGUUAAACAGCAGAUCGCACUUGCUAAUGCACAGGAACUUUUGCAGAAAAUGUCUGAAAAAUGUUAUAAAAAGUGCAUUCCUAAACCUGGAACAACAUUAGACAGUUCUGAACAGAAAUGUAUUGCUAUGUGCAUGGACCGAUACAUGGACACCUGGAAUUUAGUAUCCCGAGUCUAUAGUCAAAGGCUACAAAGAGAAUCUAGUAGGAUGUCUUAAUUAGUGUUUAUUUAUGUUAAUGUGUUUGUUUGAAAAUGUUUUUCUUUUAGUAUCAAUGAAACAAAUAUAUUUCUACUGAAAUGUGCAUUUUAUUUGAUUUUUUUAAUGCAAUGACAUGUUACUCUAAUGUUAGAAAUAUUAGUACAGUUUAUGGGAACAUUUUGCCAUUACAUUUUUUUUUUUUUUGCUGUCCUGUGUUUUUUCUCUCACUGAAUAAAAUAUCUGAACUGUGUUAAUGAUGAUUUUUUAAAAAUCAAACAUGGUUAUUGCAUGAAAAAAAUAAAUCUGGACUACAUUUAUACAUUAUGGCUAGCAGUUUUAUGUUUAUGAGAGGUAAUGAAUGAAUGCUGAUUUGAUAUAUUACGUUCUGUUGAAACUGAAUGUUAUAUUGCUCUUUAUAGAAGAGAUGAUUGAACUGGAUUUGAAGUGUGCCUUCAUGUCUGAGAAAUAAACAUUAGCUGAAGUUUUAAAUACA